AACUCGCAGAGAGAGCGCAGUAACCAGCUGUAGGUCGUUUUGAUCGAGACAUUGGAGAGAGGAGGGAGAUAGAUUUCUGUUAAGCCUGAAGAAUCAAGGAGAGCCCUCGUGCUUUGCGUGACAUUUAGAACAAGUUAGAAAAAACAUCAAAGGUUUCUAAAAGAUAGAACAGCCCUCUCAGCUCAUCCCUGUAGCCACAGGACCAUGUGCCAGUGAUGACUAGCUGUUGUAUCCGAGAGGCCCAGCUUGGCAGUUAGAGGAAAGGCUCCGCCCCAUCACCAUGACAGCAGUGUUGCCACGGAACGCUGCCCCCCUGUCUGUGCCUGGCCUGUUGCUCCUCCCCCUGCUUCUGCUGCCCCUCCCCAUCGCACUGUCCCAGAAACCCAUGCUGCCCUCCCCACCCGCCCCCACGCCCGCCCCCCAGUACCUAUCCCGGCCGGAGUGUACCCGGAGAGAACACCCUGUGGUCACCUUCCAAGCCCUGAGUCCUUGGGUCACUAUAUUCUCCCACCCGGAUGUGAGAGACUACUCUCAACUGACCCUUGACCUGACCAGGAAUGAGUUGAUAGUGGGGGCAAGAAACUUUCUCUUCAGAUUGAGCCUCAACAAUGUGUCUCUCAUCCAGGCAACGGAAUGGGGUCCAGACGAUGACACCAGGAGGUCCUGUCAGAGCAAAGGGAAGACCGAGGUGGAGUGUCAGAACUACAUCCGCGUCCUGCUGGUCAAUAAGACCGAGGUCAUUACCUGUGGAACCAACGCCUUCCAGCCCCUCUGUAUCACCCGGGAGGUUGGGAAUAUGAGUAGUGUGUUGGAUCGCGUGAACGGCGUGGCAAGGUGCCCCUACGACCCUCGCCAUAACUCCACGGCGGUGGUGACAGAGAGCGGCGAACUAUACGCCGCCACGGUCAUCGACUUCUCUGGUCGCGACCCUGUCAUCUACCGGAGCCUAGGGGGCAUGCCACCCCUCAGGACGGCCCAGUACAACUCCAAGUGGCUCAAUGAGCCCCAUUUCAUCUCAGCCUAUGAUGUGGGUCUCUUCACAUUCUUCUUCCUGCGUGAGAACGCUGUGGAACACGACUGUGGGAAGACCGUCUACUCCCGGGUGGCCCGCGUCUGUAAGAACGACAUCGGAGGGCGGUUCCUACUGGAAGACACCUGGACCACCUUCAUGAAGGCCAGGCUGAACUGCUCGCGCUCCGGAGAGUUCCCCUUCUACUAUAAUGAGCUGCAGAGCACCUUCUAUCUGCCUGAACAAGACCUCAUCUACGGGAUAUUCACCACCAAUGUGAACAGUAUAGCAGCGUCUGCAGUGUGUGCGUUUAACCUCAGCUCCAUCACCCAGGCCUUCAAUGGACCCUUCCGUUCCCAGGAGAACCCCCGCUCUACCUGGCUGCCCACCCCCAACCCCAUCCCCAACUUCCAGUGUGGUACCAUAGAUGACGACGGCGGUCCUAACGAUGGUCUGACGGAGCGCAGCCUCCAGGACGCCCAGCGGCUGUACCUGAUGAACGACGUGGUGCAGCCCGUCUCUGUGGACCCCUUGGUCAUGCAGGAUGACGUGCGCUUCUCCAGGCUGGUGGUGGACAUCGUACAGGGUCACGACACACUCUACCAUGUCAUGUACAUCGGCACAGAGUACGGCACCAUCCUGAAGGCUCUUGCGACCACCAAUAAGAGCCUUCAAGGGUGUUACCUGGAGGAGAUCCAGCUCUUCCCCGCUGGGGUGCAGGAGCCAAUCUUGAGCCUGCAGAUCCUUCAAAGUGAUAGGUCACUGUUUGUAGGACUCAACAACAAAGUUCUGAAGAUCCCUCUGGAGAGAUGCUCCAACUACAAGACUGAGAUGCUAUGCCUGGAGGCCCGGGACCCAUACUGUGGCUGGGACAGGAAACAGAGGCGAUGCACCACCCUGGAGGAUAGCUCUAACAUGAGCCAGUGGAGUCAGAACAUCACUGUGUGUCCGCUGAGGAACCAGAUCACCAUUGGCGGCUUUGGACCCUGGGCAGCGUGGCAACAAUGCAGCAACGACGACGGCGAAGGCACCAGCACCUGUCUGUGUCGCUCCAGGGAGUGUGACAACCCUCCAGCUCGCUGUGGUGGGAGGAACUGUGAGGGGCCCACCAUCGAAGUCUCCAACUGUUCCAGAAACGGAGGCUGGACCCCCUGGUCGUCAUGGGGACAGUGCAGCACCACCUGUGGAACGGGGUUUGAGAUGCGCCAGCGCUCCUGCAACAACCCGUCGCCCCGUCACGGUGGUCGCGUGUGUGUGGGCCCCGUCAGGGACGAAAGGUUCUGUAACGAGGGUGUGUCAUGUCCCCAGCCUAUCUUCUGGUCCCCGUGGGGUUCUUGGACUAAGUGCAGUGCUGAGUGUGGAGGUGGGGUCCACUCCAGGGUCAGGAGCUGUGAGAAUGGGAACAGCUGCCCAGGCUGCGCACUGGAGUACAAGGCGUGUAACCUGGAGGCGUGUCCAGAGGUAAAGAGGAACACCCCCUGGACCCCGUGGAUGCCCAUCAACGUGACCCAGGGCGGGGCACGCCAGGAGCAGAGGAUGCGCUACAUGUGCCGCGCCCAGCUGGCAGACCCCCACGAGCUGCAGAUCGGACGACGCAAGGUAGAGACCCGCUUCUGCCCCAACGACGGCACGGUUGCCUGCGAGACCGACACUCUAGUGGAGGACCUCCUGAGGACCCCUGUGGUACGAGUGGCAGGCGCCGACUGGUCGUCAUGGGAGACGUGGUCCGCCUGCUCCCAGGACUGUGCCAAAGGGUACCGCACCCGCAAGCGCACCUGUACCACCCCAGAGGGCAAGGCUGCCCCGCCAGCCUGCAGGGGCUCACCCGUGGAGUACCAGGACUGCAACUCUCAGGCCUGCCAAGUGAGUGGAGCCUGGUCGUGUUGGUCGUCCUGGUCUCAGUGUUCAGUGCCCUGUGGUGGAGGGCACUACCAGCGUACCCGCUCCUGUAACAACCCCAGCCCUGGCAACGGAGGAGAUAUCUGUAUUGGUCUACACACUGAGGAAGCGCUGUGCAACACACACACCUGUGAUGGCGGCUGGAUGGCCUGGUCUCUGUGGUCAGUGUGUGACAAUGCAGGGCUGCAGGUACGCAGCAGGGUCUGUGGAGCUCAAGGCUCAUCCCCCUGUGUGGGAAACAGCACCGAGCACAGGGACUGCAAUGAGAUCCCAGUGAUUCUCCCUGCGUCUGGCUUUGAUAAGGACCAGCAAUGCGGAGCAUUCACCUCGCUGCACCUGAUAGCCACAGGCGUGUCCUGUUUCCUGGGGGCGGGCCUUCUGUCCUUUCUGGCCUACGUGUAUAGCCAGCGCUUCCACAAGCCCUCGCAGGAAUCCGCUGUCAUACACCCCACCACGCCCAACCACCUCAACUACAAGGGCAACACUACACCAAAGAACGAGAAGUACACGCCCAUGGAGUUCAAGGUAUUGUCACAGACUCUGAACAAGAAUAACCUGCUCCCAGAUGAGAGGUCUAACUUCUACCCAACGCCCCUGCAGCAGACUAACAUGUACACCACCACCUACUACCCCACAGCGCUGGGCAAAUAUGACUACAACAGGCCUGACUCCUCCCCUUCCCCCUGCAGGACCUAUAACAACAGCUGAGACACCCCGCCCCCACCCCCAUGGCCCCCGGCACCGCCCACCCAGACUGAACUGAACUCCACCCCAAUCACAAUGGUGACAGAUCUUAAUGGUGACUGAACCCAUCCAUUUUUGCUCCCCUCUCCUUUAUCCCAUGGUAUCUACCAAAUGGUGAGGGGGGUGUAAGUGUAUACCUGGAACAUACACUCUGUAGAGGUGCUGAUGCCUCCAUUAGACUCGCUAAGUAGAGCCAGGAUUUUGAUCAUAGUUUGGGGUAUAUUUUGGGGGUGUGAGUACUGGAUAUCACAGUGUCAACAUAGUGCUUCGGUGGAGAGAUAAAUGAUGAACUCUAUAAGACACUAUAAGCUACAGUAUGGAGUUGAACUACUUAUCCCUGUGGAACUUGACAACCUGGGCGCCUUACUGUAGGUGUUGUGUUGCUAUCCAGAGAGGCUUGAGUUGGCCAUAGGAGAAAACUCUCUUCCCUGGUCUGUCUGGUCACCUCUAUGAUUGAGUCGCUUUUUUUAUUUUAUUUUUGAUUUUUUACUCCCUUUUUCAAUCUUGUCUCAUCGCUGCAACUCCCCAACGGGCUCGGGAGAGGCAAAGGUUGAGUCAUGCGUCCUCCAAAACAUGACCAGCCUAACCGCGCUCCUUAACACCACCACUAGCUUAACCUGGAGGCCAGCCACACCAAUGUGUCAGAGGAAACACUGUUCAACUGGCGAACGGGGUCAGCCUGCGGGAACCUGGCCUUCCACAAGGAGUUGCUAGAGCGCGAUGAGCCAAGUAAAGCCCCAUCGUCCAAACCCUCCCCUAACCCGGAUGACGCUGGGCCAAUUGUAACACCUCCAGCACUGCGAUGCAGUGGCUUAGACCGCUGCACCACUUGGGAGGCCUAUAAAUGAAUCUCUAUGACACCAACAUACCCUCGGUCUGCAGCAUCCAUCCCCAUGAUAAACACCUAAUUCUCCCAACAACAAUAGCAGUUACCCAGAACAACCCUACCAGCGCAUAUCAUUAUGUCUGUCCUUCAGUAUGGUGGAUGCGAAUCGGGAGGGAACAAAAAAAAGAACUAAAUUAAUUCAAGAGAUGAAGAGAUCAAUAUCAGUUCUAUUGUGUUUGGAGGUGGAUGGAUGCACUCAGGUCACCUCGCCUCAUCAAAUGACACGAGGAGGACAAGUACCUGGGACCUCAGCUCUGCUGUGGCGCCAUGUUUUUGGGUGGUACUAUGGGACCAGGGGAACAGAGGCACAUCCAGGAAUGGCAGUGUGUGAUCUGUUAUAGGAAAAGUGCCUACACUAGACCACAUAGAUACAGACAUACUCACUGCUGGAGAGAAUCUCUAUCUGCUUAUGUCCAAACAAGGCCCACACCUCAGGCUGGCUGUGUUAUGUACUCUAUCGGUAUGUUCACAAAGGCAAUGUUUCCCAGGGAAUGAUCUGAACAUGGGCUAGAGAGAUGAGGUGUCUGACUGAAAUACAGUGGGAAUCAUCCAGCUUUGGGAUGCUUUGGGUAUACAAUAGAGAGGAUCAUGUGGAGUCAAAUUUGACUUUCUAUCACUUCUUUUUUAUGAUGAUAUAAAGACUUUUGGAAGGAAUUCCCUUGGUUCUAGAAUGGAAUGGAUGUAUUCUACUGAGUACUAUACCUACCUACCGCUCAGUGGUCAUAUUAAAUAUGGCCAGUGUGCAGAACUGGACUGCAGCCGAUUUUAUAUGAUAUCAUACAAGGUGGGAUAAAAAAGAUAGUAGCGGGGCAUUUUUUUAUGAGGGAGGUUAUUUGUUUGAUGUUCAAGAGAGCAGUAGGAUAGGAGGAAAUCUUUUAUUUCACAAAUAAGGGAUAGCUGAUUCACUUGAGUUUCUCAUCGGUUUCACACCACAACAUAUAAAAAAAAUCACAGCAGCUUAGUAGCCAAUAGGUGUCUGACAAAUGAAAGGAGAAUGUUGCUUUAUUACAACCACGUCUUUAUUUUUGAAGGCAUGUUAUAGAAGGGUGCAGACCUUUAUUUUUGUUGUUGCAAUUUCACUUGUUUUUGAGAAACAUACCCCAACCAGCGAGUCACAACCUCCUCCUCGUUGUGCAGUACGGGAGCUCUGAAAAAACAUGAACAAAUGCUCCAAAAACACUCAAAUCCUUUUAGAAACGGAAAACCUUCAGUAUAGUGAUGCAGGUCUUUAGAUAUUGUACACGUGAAAUUGUGUCAUUCCGAACUUUAUCCGCAACAUUAUAUUCCAUUUUGUGCAUCUCAAGCUGUUUCCCCUAUCUAGCUGUUCCAUUCUCCUAGUGGCCUGCUGCUAAAAUGGAUGGAGAGGUAUCAUUCGAGUUGCAACAAAAUGGAAUAUAACGUUGCGGAUAAAGUUUGGAAUGGCACAAUUUCAUGUGUACAACAUCUAAAGACCUGCAUCACUAUACUGAGAGGGUUCCUGUUUCAAAAAAAUAUUUUUGGAGCAUUUGUUCAUGUUUUUUCAGAGCCUCCGUACUGCACAACAAGGAUGAGGAAAUGACUUGCUGGUUGGGGUAAGUUAACUCAAAUAAAAUAAAAAGUGAAAUUGCAAAAAAAAGUGUAUGGAUCCUUGUAUAAUACUCCAAUUCAGUACAUAUAAAAUUGAGAUUUGGUUGUAAAAACACACACUAUUCUCCUUUAAGAUUUUACAAAAAUAAAAUAACGUAGAAGCAAAUAUUCAGACUGACUGUAGCGAAUAUCAAUGUGUCCCGCUCUUUACAAUGCUAAAUCAUGCUUAAAAUGUUUUGGUAUGAGAUUAUUGUUGUGUGUGUGUGUGUGCGUGUGUUUGCACGUGUGUGUGUGUGUGUGUGUGUGUGCACGCAUGUUGGCGUGUGUGUGUUUGCUUGCUUCGUAUGUGUAUGCCUGUGAGAGUGAAUGAGGAGAGGAACAGACAACUGUAUGUAUUUUGUACAAUGUAAAUGUAAUUCUUUCUUACAUAUGACUGUGUAUAUAAUGGGAUCUGUAAAGGGGUAUGUGCAUUUUUUCCACACAUUAUGAUGAUAGCACUCCUAAUGUUCCACUGGGUUUCCAUAUGUUCCAUGUAUAAGAUGAUAAUCAUUGUAAGUUAACGAGAGCUGCGCAGUUGUCAUAAGGAAACACUAUUUAUAGUGAAGCUUGGAUCAUAAAGGGCAUUUCAGAAACAGAACUGAGCUAUAUUUUAUUAUUAUGCCCGCUCUUAAAAUGAAUGCUAAUUUAGCAGCAAUGCUUUCAGUUCCACUCAUAGAAAUGGUAUGAUUCUAUUCUAUCGUUCUAAUUCUAUAGUUCCGUUAUAUGCACGAGAGCUCUAUCUGUACAUAAGAGACAGCCUUCGAUCUGCAGAGCAUUAAUGACAUCUAAAGGUUAGUAUAAUGUAAAGGUAUAUUGUUGUAUAGCUAACACUGUUUUAAAAAAAAAAGCCUUAGUUGAAAAAAAAGAAGAAAAAAGUGCAGCAGCUAUGUACUCACCAACCAUGGGGUUUGUAAGGGGAUAGAGUUUGUCAAUGUGACUGGUUGAUUACGGCCUGGACAACUUCUCCAGCUGUUUUGUAACUUUCUAUAGAUGUACAGUUUGUCCAGAUCCUAUGUAGUAUCUUAAUCCCCGUUUAUACCUGGUGCUAACAUACAUGCCUUGUCCUGAUUGUGUCCACAUCCUGGUUGUGGCAACAUAUGCAGACAGGUAUAGAUGAUCAAAAGACACAUUAUGAUCUGAUUGUGAUUAGAUCUUACUGACCACCUCUGGAGGUAGUCAGGGACUCAUUCUGUCUGGCUAUCUCACAAGUCUCUGGACAGUGAAACCAUUUAAAUAAUGAUUAUAUUGCCUUCUAAAAUAAUUGACAUGUGUCUUAAAAUAAAUAAAUAAAUAUUAUUUUGAAAGAAAUCCAUCAAAUAAUUUUCAUACAGUGAGGGACCAUGAAAUCUGGUCACAGUGCGGACACGGUGGAUGAAUAAGGCUGCGUUUAGUCAGACUGGCUGUCUGACUGGCUGUCUGACUGGCUUGGCUGUCUGACUGGCUGUCUGACUGGCUUGGCUGUCUGACUGGCUGUCUGACUGGCUGUCUGACUGGCUGUCUGACUGGCUGUCUGACUGGCUGUCUGUCUAAACGCAGCCUUAUUCAUCAAUCGUGAUACGGAUUUAGUUUUUUUACAAAAAAUGUUCACCAGGUAUAAAUAAGGUUUAGAGUAACAAAGACAGCCUGUCCUUUUAGAAGCACUCGUGCCAUUUUAAUACAAAAUAUCACCACAACAGUUUAAAAAACAAAGAUUUUAAAUGAACAAGAACAAGACACAGAAAAUGGUGAGUAGUGUAUAGUAAUAGUAUUACGAUAGUUCAUUAACUAGAUCAAAGUAAUUCAGCUGUUUAGAGGAUUUACAGCAACCCCUCCACCCAAUGGUUUUCCUUUUCCCCACUUGCCUGACCCACAUUUUGGGGUUUGUGAUUGGCUCCCCCUAAAUGAUGACUCCCUUUGAUUGUCUUCCUCUGGCCCUGUAGUAAUUUUUGAUUGGGCAAGCUGGAUGUCACAUUGUGAAUCUUUGUCCCCUGAUUGGCUCGGUGCCCUUCUAUGCAACUGACCUGGUGGUACUAUUAGAUAUGUGAUGUAGACUGUAAUCACUGCCUUUUAGACACUGUGAAUUUUUUGGUACUCUAUAUUUUUGUAUAUUGUACAUUAUAAAGGAUAAUAAACCUUGAUGCCAACA